UCUAAUAAAAAGUUAAUAAAAUGAUUUAUAAAUUGUUAUCAAUUAACCGAUUGGCUAUUAAAUGGCGUCUAAAUAAUGGCCUCAAAAACUUGUCAAUUAUCGGUAAUAUUGGUGGUGGCCAUCGAUUUUUGGCCAAUGUUGGCGCUAAUAAUAAUUAUAAGACAAAAUUAGUGACCAAAAUAAUGAGAAAAAAUAAGUUAAAUCUACCGAAAAAUAUGAGUCUCGAUUAUUGUUGUUCAAGUGUCGCACCCGAGACUAUGCCAAUGAUUGACGGCCAACAACACCAACAAUCGAUGGCCAUUACGGAAACCCGCAGACCGUUGACACUGUUAUGUGUGUGGAUGUUAGCCAAAGACAAACACAUUGAAAAGUAUCGGCAAAUGUGGUUCAAACGUGGUUUCGAUGUCCUAACCGUUCGGACAUCGCCGCUGGAUCUACUGAUGCCACCGAUUGGCGGAAUGACAGUGGCCAGAAAUGUGGUCAACAGUUUGCACGAACUUAGCGGCCAUUACAACGAGAUAGUGGUUCAUAUAUUUUCUGUUGGCGGCUAUCAGUUUGGUCUAACCCUACAACAGUUGACUAGUAGUCCAGUAAACAGUUAUCUCGUGGACUUAAUUAAAGGUAUAGUCAUCGACUCGUUUGUCUAUCCCGAUGACUGUGCACCCGGUCUAUCGCGUGCCAUAACUAAGCACCCGUUAGUACAGCCGAUGAUCGAACAGUCCAUAUAUGUCUUUCUCUGGCUAUUCAAGAAUAUAUGUGUCAAAUACUAUGAUAUGGCUGUCGAUGCGUUUGCCAAUCCUAGAGCUAAAUAUUCCGGACUUUUCUUGUACUCGAAAGACGAUUUGGUCAGUAAUGUUGCGACCAAUGAUUAUCUGGUGGACAUAUGGCGUCGGGCCGGCCAUAACGUCAGGUCCAAGUGCUGGGAUCGGUCAACACAUGUACUACACUAUAGAGACCAUCAACAGGAAUACGAGGACGAGUUGGACGCCUUCAUCAAGAGUUUGAAUUUGAAAAAAUAA